AUGGGCAUGUUACAAGUGCACGAACGACGCGAAGUGGUCCUCUAUCUCAGGAACGACAGCAAGCGGAACUUCAACUAUCGCAUGCAGAUGCUGGUGGGAGCCAAUCGAAAGCCCAAGCCCAUCGGGUCCUUCGAGAAGCCGCCGUACAUCGCGUUGUCGAACUCACAUGGGGUGGCAGCCCACCACGAGGAGACACCCAUCGAAUUGAAGUACGCGCCCCGCGAUGCACACAUGUUGGACGGAAGUAUCCUUCAGGUUGCCAUCCCUGCAGGCCCUGUAGAGGAGACUUUCUCCAUAGCUUUGACUGGUGGAGCCAAGCGCUCACGUGUGGAGUUCUCCUUCCUGAGCCACGACUUUGGUCCCUGCUUCAUCGCGCGUGGCGGUGCAACGAUGGCAGGAGAGCCCUUCGCGCCUUCAGAGGACAUGAGGUACGAACGUGUGGAGCUCAUCGCCACGAACCGAGACGACAGCGACUGCCUGAUUUCCAGCAGCUUCCAGAGGGAACCCUGGUUGGACGUGCAACUGAACGCUGCCAUGAUCGAAGCUGGCGCUUCAUUGCGAAUUCCCAUUGUCUUCUCUCCAAGAGAGGUGUGUGAGUACAUGCAGCGGAUCGAGUUCAUUGUCAACGACUACACACGGAUGCACGUGGACGUCCGUGGCCGUGGCUGCCCCCUGAAGCUGGAACUCACGGACAGUGACAUGCAGAACAUCGACUUUGGCAUCACUCGAGGCAACGAGCCGGUGAGCCGACAAGUUCGCCUGGUGAACCGCUCCCCGCGACCGGUGACCUUCCAACUGAGCGAUGAGAAGGAAUUGGCAGAGCACGCUGUAAGCUGGACUCCAGCACAUCCCUGCACGCUACGGCCACGUCAAACGGUGGAGAUCGAACUGCGGUUCAACCCCACGUACCGUAUUGCCCCCUUCCGUUUGCCUCUCCUUGCCAAGUGCGAGCAUGGUGUGGAGGUGCGCUUGCUGCAUAUGACCGGCACGUGCCAUGCCAUUGAGAUGCGGCUCAGUGAGCAUUCCGUCUUCUUCGGAGAUGUGGUGGUGGGCUCACAGGCGACGAAGCCGGUGCGCCUGCACAACUUUGGGGACCUGGGAGCGAAAUUCCGCUUUGAGAUUGGCUCGAAGUACGGCAAGAUCUUCUCUGUGACACCUUCGGAGGGCUUUGUCCGUCCUCAAGAGGAUAUCAACCUCAUGGUAGCCUUCCAUCCCACGCAUGAGAGGAUCAUGGAGUUCAAGCGAGCCGACAAGCACGCCAGGAAAAGCAAGUUGGACCCGAAGGAUAUGAACAUUGGAAUCACCGUACGAGACAUUCGAUGUGUUUUGGAGGGUCAUCCUCCACUGAUGCUGGAGGCCAGUGGCAAGUGCGUGAGCCAACCGGGUGAGACGAAGCUGUUGGAAUUCUUCGCGCAAGUGCGUACGAAGACGCAGAACAGUUUUGUGAUCCAGAACCCCACGGACAGCGACUGGAAGUUGUAUCCACAGGUGGCCACCCAAGAACCUCCUGGCACCAACUAUUUCAGCUGCGAAAAGGAAAUUGUGGUUCCAGCCAAGAAGGAUGCCACAUUGCAGGUCUACUACAUGCCCUUGACCAUGACGGCUGGAGACGCCACGGGAAGUCCAAGCAGUGGAAAACCACGGGUGGAGAAGCACAAGGGCACCAUCUUCCUCGGGACGCCCGAUGGCAACGCCGUGUGCUACGAGUUGGAGGGUGAAGCAACUCCACCGGAGGCACAACGGUGA